AUGAAUAUAAUUGAUGAACGUAUGUUCAAAUUUUUACUUAAAUCUAUUAGGACGUGAGGACCUUUCGAGUAUUUGAUGGCAGUUUUUGCAGCCUCGUUUAACAAUGAGAUACUUACUUAUGUUUGGAUUAUAGCCUUUGUGAGUGUGCCAAUUUCGUAUGGAACAAGUGUAAUAUGCUGCUUGCUUCCAAUACUCAUCUCGAAAGCAACUUGCUACCUUAAAGAGAAAAUAUGCAGAGAGAGACCGACGCUUUAUCAGCCACGAAUUGAAGCUUUGAUGUUCGAGUUCAGAAAAAAGGACUCAAAUUAUUCAAUGCCAUCUUGUGAUUCUGCUCAGGCCGCAGCGUUUUGAACUUUUUUUUGUAAACACACUUGAAUGCCUUGGUGAAUUGGAAUUUUGAUGACAAUUGGAACGAUGUUUUCUAGAGUCUAUUAUAUGUGUCAUUAUCCAACAGAUGGUUUAGUUGGAGCUUUUAUAGGAAUGAUGAUAGCUCUUCUUAUGGAUUAUAUUAUAUUAGGAUAA